AUGCUUGACGGGAAGGUGUCCGACAUGAACAGAAGGAGCCAACAGUAUUUCAUGAGUGAACCGCAGGUGGAAGAGCAUGUGGAUCCAGUCCUAAGAGGCAGGGAAUCAUAUGCUGAUCCAGUAUCCCAGGAGUACCCUUUUUGGGUCCCAGAGAUGGAGGAAAGUGCCCUCUCUUUAGUCCUUGGAGAAAUACACAGUGAGGCAUAUGAGACAAUGAAGCAGGACCUGAUAGAGAAAGAGGACAGCGCCUUGGAAAUGGGGGCCUUGAACGAUUCCAAUAAUCCGGCAGUUGGCAGGGAAGUUAUCGAGAACAGAGCAAACCAGCCCGAGAGCCAAAAUCUCAUGCUCAUCAGACAGGCUGUGAAGCGCAUUAAAGAGCUGCCACAGGACUCGCUGGACGCAUGCUCCAGUGACUUGCGCCAUCAGGAGAUGCUGGUUAUCGCUGACCUCAGCAAAUUGAAGCCAUCUCUGGUGGGUAAGGAGAAGUCCAAUGCGAUUCGGAUCUGCAUUGCCAGCGUCUUUGCCCUUCCCUCCUUGGAGACCUUGCAGCGGGAGAAAAACAAUAGGGCAGUUGUGAAGGACUGGUACAACCAGACUAUGGAUGGCCUGAAGACAAUGCUGAAAGCCUUCUUGCUAGUGAAUCCAAACACAGCCGAGCUGCAGAACCUCUUAGAUCACUUGGUCCCCUGGAUGAGAUCAGAAAAGUUUCAUGAGCGCUUAAGAGCUGUGGACACCAGCCUCUACUUGUUAAAAGCUGCAGUCGACCAUCCUGAGUUUUGUAUGUCACCCGAGUUCCCCAAGCUGGGGGUCCUGAUUGGACUACUGGCCCUUCGCAUUGGGGACUAUGUGCAGGAGAUUGGUCCCCAGGCUAUGGAAGGCCUGUCUUUCCUCUACACCCUCGUGCGGUGCCAAAAGGAACACAAGAAUAAUUCAAUGCCUAUAAAAGCAGAACUGCAUCAAAGGUACAAAAAGUGUCUGGGAACAUAUGAACCCACGAGAGCAUGUGAAAACAUCUGCACAAUCAUUAAGGAACUAGGGCAAUUUCUCACUCCAGACCAGAUGACAGACCUUCUACUGGUAGCUGUGGAAAACCUAAGGGAACACCAUGAGGAUAUCAAUGAAGCAUCCAGGGCCAUCCUGAAUGCAAUCCUGAAGAACUUCAAGCACAGUUUAAAGACAAAGGUGCCAGAGAUUGUGGGCAGGCUCCACUCCCAGCUCAGCACCAUCAGUCAUCCCCACAAAUGGCAGGAAGUAAUGAUGGCCUUAUGCCUCUUGGCUCAUGAUUUCCUGGAAGAGGUAACAACAGGCCUUCUAAAUUGCCAGCUGCCCCUGGACAGAAAUGCAGUUGGGAUGUGGAGAGCACUGGCUGAAAUGGAGGUGAAGCGUGACAUCUGUCACCUGCUGGACAUGCUGUUGAAGAAACUCCAAGAGCGACCAAGGGUCACGGGGAAGGCAGCCUCCAUCUUGCCGAUAGCCGCUGCUAGCGCUCUGUUUGAGGUGCUGUGCUUAACCAAGUGCCGAGACGCCGUGAUGCACAUCUUCCCCCGCCUGCUGAUGGCCCUGCUCGUCCAGGUGCAUUACUGCACUGGGCUCAGCCUGCCGCACAGGAAUGACUUCACCCCUACCUGGUGGGUGAUAAGGACAAUAAAGCUCCUUCUCCUAAAGACAGGACAUGUCUGUGAGCUCGCCAUUGUGGAGCUGGAUGGAGGCUGGGAAAUGCUUGCUAGCCCUGAGGAGCACUACCGUGGGGUGGGCCAGCUUGCCAGAACCAUGCUCCACCAUGGCUGCUCUGAGCUUUGGAAGAUCUUGUACCUUCUAGUCCCAUUCCUUGAACGGGGGGAUGAGCAUCACAGGCUCACUGCGCUGGCCUUCUUUGUUGAGCUUCUUCGGAUGCCACAAGCUAAGCGGCUCCCACAGGAAUAUUCUGUGAUCCGACUAACAAAGGGACUGACUGAUCUGGAUCCAGUUGUCCGGGCACUGUGUGUCAGAGGAUUGAUCAUCAUAGCCAACUGGACAGGGAAGGAGAUCACAAUCCCAGUGCCAGCCAUGAUAAACAGCUUAUAUGGACUUGAUGGGAGGCUGGUUGUCGAGGCUCUUGCUGAUGUUGAGACGAUUCUCAGUGGGCUGGAUGAAGCGAGCUUUCCUGGAUGCAUCACCGACCCUCUUCAACAGCUCUUUGAUGAUGACAGAGAGAAUGUGCGCUUUGCUGCCAUUUCCCUGUUUGGGAGUGUACUCAAGAAGGUGAAGAAGAGUCAGAGACUUAUCAAGGAGGAAGAAAUCUUGAACAGCUUAGUCCCAUUACUUCUGCACCUGCAAGAGGGGAACCCUGACAUGGCCGAGAAAUGUAAGAAAGCUUUGGAUGAAUGUUCUCGACUCAUGAACUGGAAACUUCCCAAGCAGGUUGGCAGCAGGAAGGCCUGGCACAACCAUCAAGAGGAUGCGGAUAAAAUAUGCCACUACCUUGUGAAGAAACAUGAGAAAAAUAUCCAAAGGUUUUUGUUGCAGAGUCAAAUUUACCUCAAAAGUGCAGAGCCUUGUUUACGAACGGCUGCAGCCACAUUCAUAGGGUUCUUGGUUGUGCACGUGGACAAAAGGAUGACAGAAGAAGACUUGAAUAUCAUAAGCAAUGCUCUCGGCGACCUGAUGCACGACCCCGAGGCGUCUGUGUGCGUCUUUGCCGCUCAGGCCCGUGACCGCGUCCUGGCAGCUCGCUGGAAGCUGAAAUACGGCCUCGUCCAGCAAAGCAAGGCGGGCAGCAACCCCGCGGACAAACGCGGCUGGUACCCCGGCCCCCAGAGCCUCCCCGCUCCCUGCAGCACCUCCAGCCGCCUGCUUGAGGGCCUCCGCCUCUGGAAGGCAGUUGCCAGAAAAUAACCAGCUCCAGCGCGGACGGGGGGCGACGAUCACGCUACCCG